UGCGCGGCCUCUGGGGCGCGUCUCUCCCGCCCUGGACAGUAGCAGCCGCGGCAGCAGCCCGAGCGCCUCGCACAGCAGCGCAGGGCGCAAGCGGCCCCGUUUCACCCGAGACCCCGUUCCCCCGCCCCGUGCACCGGCCUCUCGCCCAGCCCGACGCCAUGCCCAACUUCGCUGGCACCUGGAAGAUGCGGAGCAGCGAGAAUUUCGACGAGCUCCUCAAGGCGCUGGGUGUGAACGCCAUGCUGAGGAAGGUGGCCGUGGCCGCGGCCUCCAAGCCGCACGUGGAGAUCCGCCAGGACGGGGACCAGUUCUACAUCAAGACCGCCACCACCGUGCGCACCACCGAGAUUAACUUCAAGGUCGGGGAGGGCUUCGAUGAGGAGACGGUGGAUGGGCGCAAGUGCCGGAGUUUGCCCACUUGGGAGAAUGAAAAUAAAAUCUACUGCACACAAACUCUGGUGGAGGGCGAUGGCCCGAAGACAUACUGGACCCGGGAGCUGGCCAAUGACGAGCUGAUUUUGACUUUUGGGGCCGACGACGUCGUGUGCACGAGAAUUUAUGUCCGGGAGUAGGAGGCCGAGCCGCUCGGUCCUGGGGGUGGGGAGGGGGGUAGAAGGCAUGUGAACCCAUGUUUGUGAGGGGCUGGCUCCUUGGGGGCCCAGGACCCGGCUUCCCGAAGCAGCCUCGAGCGACCCCGAUGUGGGGAGAAGCCCGUUAGGUGUGUCCCCGUUGUGUUUCCCGUCCUCCCUCCUGAGAUGUGCUCUCCUUGUGUCUGCCAUUUUGUAUCUUGGAGCUUGUAUGGUUUGAACUCAUUAAAUUUGUUGGGCGCA